CAUGGCAGAGGGAGGCGCGGUUCAGGCGCUUCCUCCGCACAGGCGCGCGCAGGUCUUGCUCCAGGACAUGGCGGGCCUCACAGUGCGCCUUCUCGAGCUAGCGGGCAGCAAAUCGUGGCAAGGCAGCCAUCUCAAGAGCCUCUUCCCCCCUUUCCUGGCCGGAGCUCCCGUGCCCGCCGAGGGCCUGGUCGCCAACAGCACCAAAGACGUCCUGGCGCUCCUCGACUCGCAUCAAUCGCUUCUGUCGGACGCGGUGUCGGAGAUUGCCGAGCUCCAGAGCCUGGAGCAGGAGAAGCAGCGCAUCGCGGAGGCGGUGGCGGCCAAGGACGCGGUGAUCCGGGAGUUUGCCAAGCGCGUCAGGGACGCGGAGCAGGUCCUGGAGCUCACGCUGGAGGAAUUCGAGGAGUACAGGCGGCCAUCCAAGGAGAGGAAGACACUGGACGCCGAGGUGGACGUGGCCGAGCUCGUCUCCUACGCUCAUAGGAUCAGCUACACGACGUUUGCUCCUCCCGAUUAUCUUCUCGGUCAGCCCGGAGUGCUGGCUCCGGCUCCUCAGGAGCAGCAAAUGCGAGCUUCGCAGCUCUACCACUUCAGCGACAUGGAUCUGGGCGUGUUGAAAGCUCCGGCAGCCGCACUGCCACCAGCGCCAUCGCUGCCGUCGCCAACGGUGGAAAAAUCACCACCGAAAGAAGCAGCUGCAGGAAAGCUCACGCCCUCUACUUCCACUCCGGUUACUCUUCCCGGACUGCCUCCCGGAAUGAAGCUCCCACCGAUGCCUCCCGGAUGGAAGCCCGGAGAUCCGGUUCCACUGCCGGAAGUGGCACCGCCAGCUCCAGCUCUAGCGGCACCGGCUCCAGGAGUAAUCCAGGUGCCGUUCGUGCAGCUGGAUCUAAACCCGGAGCUCGAGGACGACUAUGCCUCGGACUACAGCAACGAGGAGCAAAGCUCCGAGGAAGAGUGAGGAACCAAGAUAAAGAAAGUCGCAAGAAAUCCAUGUCCUACUAGGAAGAAAACCUCGAGUUUGCAAGUUAAAAUCGAAACCUUGGAGGAAACAAAUGCUCGAUUCAACUCCGGGGGUAAGAACAGUCUUUUCCAGUUACACCAGUUCUCCGACUUCUUAAACUUGAGCUACAGAAGCACGGACCUCAUGAACGCGAAGAAAAAGCUCUUGGUUUGCCAGAAGAGAAGAUCUACCGGAAGGGGAACUGCUGCCGCCGCGGUCUCAGCCGCUCGGCCACGGGAUUCAAGCACAUCGCCGCGAUCCUGCCGAGCUCCACGUGAUCCGGCAGUAGCCUCAGCCGGGGAUCUACGGUGGGGAGGACAUGGUUCGUCCUCACCAGCGGGACAAGCCACCCGACGAGAUCGCCGGGUACUUUCCCAACGUCGUGGACUUUCCUGUUACUGAUGAUCCCCGCCAGGAGCAGGCCAAAGCAGAAGACGUCCACCUUGACGGCGAGGUAGCCAUCCUGGGGCCAGUCCUGGUCGAGCAUCCCCACAGCGAUCCCAUCUGAUCCUCCCAGGGCGAAGGUUCCCGAGGAAAAGAAUGGCUUCGCCGAUUCAAGGACGUGAUCAUCAAGCGCGGCAACGCCGACCGCUACCCCGCCCAGAUCGCCUCCACGCGGACGCCAAGACCAGCAAGAGCUUCGCCAGGCUCAUCGGGGACCGGCGGCGCUGGCGGGUGGUCCCGGCGUGCUUGCCCGGCCGUUUGAGGUCCUCCACCGCGGCGACCCGGUGGCGCCGCCGCUGUGCCUGCCGCUGCGGAUCCACCUCGCCUUCGCCGCCGCCAAGUGCGUCAAGACGGGUCUCUGGCAGUACGUUGUCUCUGUUUUAUCACGGUCCUCAUGGAACUCACGUUCCUUAAUUUUUGGUUUGCUUAAGCAAACAUAGAUGGUAAUGAAUAUACUUAAAAUAUAUUU